AUGGCCGCCUGCCUAGGGGCCGCCGUCGGCGACCUCUCCGCCGCGGGAGCGACCCGCAAGAGGAGGCGCAUCGCCGUGGGCAGCACCGAGGAGUACGAGGUGACGUGCCGCCUCGGCGAGGGCGCCUUCGGCGCCGUCGUCAAGGCGCGCCACCGUGCUACCGGGCAGACGGUAGCCAUCAAGUACCUCACCAAGCCCGACGGCGGCCGCGUGGAGCAGCUUCUGCUGCAGGAGGCGCGCUUCCUCGAAGCGUGCGGCGGCAACCCUUUCGUCGUCGGCUUCCACGGCCUCGUCCGCGACCCGACCACUACGGACCUCUGCCUCGUAAUGGAGUGCGUCGGUCCGACCCUAAAGGAUCUACUUCGCCAGCGGCGCCGCAGUGACCCGCUGCUCCCGGAAGCCACGGUGCGCGCCGCGAUGUGGCAGCUGCUGACGGGGGCCAAGAAGAUGCACGAGCGACACAUCAUGCACCGCGACAUCAAGCCCGAUAAUAUCCUUGUCGGCGAUGAUCACAGGGUCGUCAAGAUUUGCGAUUUCGGGCUUGCCAUGUCCAUGUCCGAGCGGCCGCCGUACGAGCCAGCCGGCUCGCUGUGGUACAUGGCGCCCGAGAUGCUGCUUGAGAAGCCCGACUACGACGGGCUCGUCGAUACCUGGUCGCUGGGAUGCGUCAUGGCAGAGCUCAUCAACGGGAGGGUUCUGUUCCAGGGCUUGAACGACGAAGGACAACUCUGCGCGAUCGUCGACGUGCUCGGUGUGCCUGACGACAGGACGUGGCCGUGGUUCUCGUCCACGCCGUUCGCCACGGAGGUGCUGCCGGAACUGAUCGUGCCUCAGCACAACCUGCUGCGCGAGAUAUUCCCUGCGGCGAUGCUGUCCAAGGAAGGAUUCGAGGUCCUGAACGGCCUCCUCACGUUGAACCCUGACAAGCGGCUCACGGCAACCUCCGCGCUCAAGCACCCUUGGUUCUCCAAGAUCGACGGGCCGGCGCUGCCAAAGAAAGAGGAAACGGCAUCGGUGUUGCCCAAAAGACGGAGGCUGCUGUGUGCUUGA